CACAGAUCUCGAUUUAUCUUUAUCCUAAGAGCAAAAACAAUAAGGCGACCAGACUCCGUCCGGCAACGCUCAGUUCGGUUCUGGCAGUGGAAGAAGCCGACUUUAAGGUUCUCUUUCUCAUAAUACUCUCCCACUCUUUUGCAAAGAGGAAAAGAGGUCCCAGUCUGUUUCACGUGCCAUCAAGAGGAGACCCAAAAGACCUCUUCUGCAUUUCUGCAUUUUACGUUACCCCAUUGUUAUGGUGAAAGAAUUAAAAAUUAUUUAAUCAUAUUGAAUUUAGUGAACUAAAAAAAAUAAUGUUUAAAAUGUUAAAAAUGUCGAGAGUUGUUACAGUGUGCUACAGUGUGGUUCUUCUUUAAGAAGAAAACUUUGGCAUCACCGUCUGUGUUUAUAUAUCUGCACAGACGCACACGUGCUUUGUAUAUUGACAGUGCCUCAUUAGGCAAAAAAAAUAGUUUUAACAUGUAUCAACGUAGAAAAUUAUGGAGUAUAGUCACAUCAUUUAUUUUAUUAGUAAUAUGUAAUAAAUUCGCUGAGGCUCAAUAUGCAAGGACCAGAGAUAAACCAAAAGGAAUAUCAAAAGCACCGUUUGUGUUGAGGGGUGAUCAAACGCCACCCCCUGACACAGAAAGUGACCCAGAAGAAGUUCAUCCCUUCACGGAUUUGUCCACGUGGUAUUAUAAGCCUAGAGCCUUCACCCAAUUGAAGCUGCAUCCUUGCGAACAAGGAUCAUGUUACCCAGCAACCGGAAAUCUUCUAAUUGGCAGAGAAGAUCAACUUUACGCCUCCUCAACGUGCGGUCUUUACGAACAAAAACGUUACUGUAUCGUUUCGCAUUUGGAGGAGAAGAAAAAAUGCUUUUGGUGCGAUUCAAGACCUGGGUCGAAUCAAGCGAUUAAAAAUCAUAAUAUUAGCAAUAUUGUUUCAAAAACUUAUCCGGGUACUCAAGAAACAACAUGGUGGCAAUCAGAAAACGGUAAAGAGAACGUUUAUGUUCAGCUUAAUUUAGAAGCAGAAUUUCAUUUUACCCAUUUAAUAAUGAAAUUUCGAACGUUCCGUCCUGCUGCGAUGUUAAUAGAAAGAUCUUACGAUAACAACAAAACGUGGCAAGUUUAUAGAUAUUUUGCUGAUAACUGCGACGACAGCUUUCCAGGAAUAAAAAAAGGGACGCCCGAAAAUUUAACAGAUGUAGUCUGCGAAUCCCGUUAUUCAGGAGUGUCUCCGUCGAGUAACGGUGAAGUUAUCUACAGGGUGUUGAUGCAAAAUGUUAAAAUUGAUAACCCAUACUCACAACAAGUUCAAAAUUUACUUAAAAUCACCAAUUUAAGAAUUAAUUUCACCAAAUUGCACACCUUAGGAGACGAUUUACUCGACAAGCGUGAGGAGAUACAAGAAAAAUAUUACUACGCCAUUAAUUACAUGGUCGUUAGAGGCUCAUGUUCUUGUUAUGGACACGCUAAUCGAUGUUUACCUUUAGCUGGAAUUAACCCAAAACCAGAUAUGGUUCACGGAAGAUGCGAAUGCACUCACAACACAAAAGGAAGAAAUUGCGAGAAAUGCGAAGACUUUUUCAAUGAUCUCCCUUGGCGACCUGCCGUUGGAAAACAAUCUAAUGCGUGCAAAAGAUGUAAUUGUAACAAUCAUGCUUGGAGUUGUCAUUUUGAUUCAGCUGUUUACGAAGCUUCUGGAAGAGUCAGUGGUGGCGUUUGUGAUGGUUGCCAACAUGAUACGAUGGGUAUUCAUUGCGAACAAUGCAAACCGUUUUAUUAUAGAGAUCCAACUAGGGAUAUUCAAGAUCCAGAUGUUUGUAAAGAAUGUGAUUGUGAUCCACAAGGUUCUUUGGACUUAGGAAUAUGCGACUCGAUUACAGAUACAGUAAAUAACCUUGUCGCUGGUAGUUGUCACUGUAAAACGAAUGUUGAAGGGAGAAGAUGCGAUCAAUGUAAGAACGGUUUUUGGAAUUUCACAUCAGAAAAUCCAGAUGGAUGUCAACCUUGUACUUGCAGUACUUUGGGAACAGUUGAUAAUCAAGGUUGCGAUGUAGAUACGGGUGAAUGUACUUGUAAACGAUAUGUAACUGGUAGAGAUUGUAGACAAUGUCUACCGGAAUUCUGGGGGUUGUCUGAAAAGCAAGAUGGUUGCGAACCUUGUGAUUGCGAUCCUGGAGGUUCGUUGGAUAAUAAUUGCGAUUUAUUUACCGGACAAUGUAAAUGUAGAGGAGAUAUGUCAGGAAGAACUUGUAAUAUCCCAAAACAACUCCAUUUCACAGCCAGUUUAGACUUUUUAUUAUACGAAGCCGAAUUAGCUAAAGGAUCUAGUGAUUGUCAAGUUGUUAUAAGAGAACCAUAUCGAGAUGGACAACCAAAUACAUGGACUGGAUCUGGUUUUAUGAGAGCUUACGAAGGUUCGUUUAUCGAAUUUCCGAUUAAUAACAUUAGAACAACAUCUUUAUACGACGCGGUUCUUCGAUAUGAGCCCACAUCCAAUCAACCUUGGUACGAUGUCGAAAUGAGUUUAAUACGUCCAGAUCCUGUCGACGUUGAUAGUCUUUGUAACGAAGCUUCUCUUGAUGAUGAACCGAAACAUAUUAGCUUACCAUCGCAUAGUAGAAGUGUUGUGGCUCCAGAACCGCUUUGUUUGGAAGCUGGAAAAUCUUACAAGCUCGUUUUGGAAUUUAAACGAUCACAAUACGAACACGAAAGUCCAAACACAGCGUCAAUUUUGAUUGAUUCGAUAGUAUUAACACCUCGAAUUGAAAGUAUACCGUGGUUUAAAGGUUCCGCACCCGCCGAACAAAGGCGACGAGAAUUUGAAAGAUUUAGUUGUAAUGACAUACUUAAAAAUCCACCCGUUGAUACCAAACACAUCCCGGAAGUUUGUAAGAAUGAUUUUAAUAGUAUCGGGGCGUUUAUUAUUAACGGAGCUCUUGCUUGUCAAUGUGAUCCAACCGGCGCAGUAAGUAAACUUUGCGAUGAACACGGAGGUCGUUGCACUUGCAAACCAAACGUAGUGGGAAGACGUUGCGAUAGAUGCGCUCCAGGAACUUACGGUUUUGGCCCAGAAGGUUGCAAAGCAUGUGAUUGUAAUAGUAUAGGAGCGUUAGAUAAUUUCUGUAACGUAACCACCGGUUUAUGUAAGUGUCGUGCAAACACUUACGGAAGAGAAUGCGAUCAAUGCAGAAUUGGAUUUUGGAAUUUCCCAAAUUGUCAAAGAUGUGAUUGUAACGGACAUGCCGAGACUUGUCACGCUCGCACAGGAGCUUGUAGUAACUGUAGAGAUGCUACAGAAGGCCACACUUGCGAUCAUUGUGUUGAUGGGUAUUACGGCGAUCCAAGAUUAAACGUGGAUAUUCCGUGUAGACAAUGUCCAUGUCCUGGAACUUUGGGAUCGAAUCAUUCAUUCGCAGAUACUUGCCAAUUAAAUCCAUUAACGCAAGAUGUUAUUUGCGCCUGCAAAGAAGGUUUUACAGGCGCCAGAUGCGAUGUUUGCGCGGAUAAUUAUUUCGGAAAUCCGGAAGUUCCGGGAGGAAACUGCCAACUUUGCGAUUGUAACGAUAACAUCGAUAUUAUGCGACCCGGCAAUUGCGACCCACACUCCGGACAAUGCAAACAAUGUUUAUAUGAAACCACCGGUGAUCACUGCGAAAUGUGUCGAUCUGGUUUUUAUAGGACAUCGCCCGAGGAGAUGUGUCGAGAAUGUGUCUGCCAUAUCUUGGGUUGGAAUAAAACUGCCGGGGAUUGCGAUAGAUAUACGGGAAAAUGUCCCUGUUAUCCGAAUGUAAUCGGCGAUGAUUGCGAGAAAUGUAAGGAAAAUCAUUGGAAAAUUGCUAGUGGGAAAGGUUGCGAACCGUGUGAUUGUGACCCGGUUGGUUCUAAACAUCUCCAAUGUAACGUGUAUUUAGGAGAAUGUGAUUGUCGGGAAAAUUUCGGUGGAAGACAAUGUAAUGAAUGCAAAGCGAAUUAUUGGGGUGAUCCUAAAGCUGAUAAAUGUAUCAAAUGCGAAUGUAAUCUCGAAGGUUCCGAAACUGAACAAUGCGAUCAAAAAACUGGAAAUUGUAAAUGUCGCCCUGGAAUUGGCGGAGAUCGUUGCGAUCAAUGCGCGAGAGGUUACGUCGGAGUUGCUCCUCAUUGCAGACCUUGCGGGGAAUGUUUUGACAAUUGGGACAAAACUCUAACCAAAUUUGAAAAUGAAACCCAAUUAGAAAUAGCUAGAGCGAAAGACAUUAAAAAUGUUGGGGCUGGAGGUGCUUACACGACCGAGUUUAAUUACAUUCAAAAUAAAUUAAACGACAUCGAAGAUUUAUUGAACCAAACGGCAACGAUUGAUUUGGAUUCAGUUGAAGGAAAACUUGACCACUUAAGAGAUUUAAUCAACAAAACGGAACAUGGAGAAUUAAAGAAUUUAAACGAAAUCUUAGCAAACGCCGAUAGUGGUAAUCAAGUAGCAAAAGUGACCUUGCAAAACUUCAAAAACAAAAUGGACUUGUUAAGAAACAAAACGGAUGAGUUGAGAGUGAAUGGAACGAAGUUGCAAGAACGCAAUGUACAAGGUGCUCUAGAUAUAAUCAAAAAUGCCAAAACCAAAGCGGAUGAUGCCACUAAAAACGCAACAAACACUCAGGACAUCAUUAAAAACGUUGAACGUCGCUGCAAAAGCACCGAAAAUAAAUUAAAAUCAAUGAAAUCUAUGUAUUCGGAUAAACACGAGGAAGAUAUGGCUUCCUUAAAGAAUUUAACUGACUUAAUUAAAAACUUAAAUGAUUCAUUACCUAAAUUAAACAAAUUAAUUUGUGAUGGGUCUGAAUACCCAUGCGAUAACAUUUGCGGGGGAGCUCUAUGUGGACAUUGCGGCGCAAUAACCUGCAACGGUGCUAAAAACCAAGCGGAAGACGCAAACAGCUUAGCCAUGAAAACUGAAGCUUUAUACAACGACAAAGAAAAAUUAGUUAACGAAUACAUAAGAAACAUAACAACCGUUAACGGCACCUUAGUUAAAAAUCAAGCCAUAUCCGCUUUCAAUAAAUCUUUAGAAGCCAAAAUCAACGCUUCCAACAUGACAGAAAAAGUCAACGACAAAUUAGCUAAAAUCGACGAGUUUAUGCAGCAAAACAAUUCAAUCACUAAAGAAUUGCAAAAUAAAAUCAACAAUAUUUUAACCAAAGACAUUAAAUGGCAACCGGAGGAAAUUAAAGAAUUUGCCACAAACAUUAAAGUAACCGCCGAUUCGUUAACAAACAUCGAACCGAUUCUUGCAGAAACCGAAGGAAAUUUAAGCGUUGCCAAAAAAUUAAAAGAAGAUGCCGAAAAUGCGAAAAAACAAGUCGAUGAUAUUAAAAACACCGUAAACAGCGUUGAAGAAUUCUUAAAGAAAACCGAAAACGUCCAAAAAGAAACUGAAAUAAAAAUUGGAAACAUCUCCCAAUCAUUUAAAGACAUAAAAAGAGAUUUAGACAAUAUUGAUAAAAUGACAAACGGGACAUAUCAACAAAUCGAAAAUACUUCCGGAAACUUAGGAACCCUCGAUAAAGAAUUAGAAGAUCUUAAAAAACUUUUACGCGGAAAUCAAUUUACGGCUCAAACUUUAAAGAAUGAAUCAACCAACAUUAAGACAAAAACGGAAGAGACGAUGGAUAAAUUAAAAGUGUUAUUAAACGAUUACGAUCAAGCGAAAGAGAAAUUGAAUGCGAGCAUCACGAAGGCGGAUAAUUCAAAAACGCGCGCGGAAAAUUUGGUAAAUAGAACCGUUAAUUUGUCGUCGAAAGUUAAAACAACGCAGGAGAGCAUUUCGAAAUUAAAAAGCCCGUCCAGUAAUAAUUUGGGCGAGUUGGAAGAACAAUUGAAACAGUUAAUUUCGGAUAUGGAUAAAUAUACCGAAGAUAUUGAAAAGAAAGCGGAAUAUUUUAAACAUUGCAAUUCUAUCUAAAACAAAGUUGCAAACGAUGUUUUUAGAUUUUUUGUUUUGCUUGUAAAUAUUUUCAAAGGGAUGUUUAUUUUAGGGUAAACGUUUUUUGAUAUAAAUUGCUUUUUUUUAUAAGUAAUUUGUAGAUUUGUAUCGUACAAAAAAAAAAUGAUUAUCAAUCCUAUUAACUUUUAGUGUAUUAUAAAAUGUUUUAUAUAUAAUUUUAAAUAUAUCCUUAAAAAUUA